AUGGGCAGAAAUGUGUCUGCUUUGAUAGGUAAAUCUGUUCCUCACAUUCCUGAAAAAUGUAAGGACCCAGGUACUUUCUGCAUACCUUGUAUUAUUGGGAAUAACAAAUUUGAAAAUGCCAUGCUUGAUCUGGGUGCUUCUAUAAAUGUCAUGCCUCUGUCCAUUUUUAAAUCUUUGUCUCUUGGUCCUAUGCAACCUACGGGUGUGGUGAUACAGUUGGCAAAUAGAAGUGUUGCCCACCCUACAGGUUUGAUUGAGGAUGUUUUAGUUCGGGUUGGUGAACUGAUUUUCCCUGCCGAUUUUUAUGUGCUUGAUAUGGAGGAGGGAUUCUCUCAUGGUUCCGCCCCAAUCAUUUUAGGUAGACCAUUUUUGAAAACAGCCCGAACUAAGAUUGAUGUGUAUGCUGGUACAUUGUCCAUGGAGUUUGGUGAUUGUGUUGUCCAUUUUAAUAUUCUUGAUGCCAUGAAACAUCCAUCUGAGGACCAUUCUAUUUUUCGUGCUGAGAUACUUGAUGAUGUUGUUGAUCAGUAUGCUUCUAAUUUUUAUUCUUUGCAUGAUAAGAAACAUUGUUUUCUAUCUGAUCUAUAUACUUCUCUUGCAUGCACUGAAUCUGAAUCUGAUUAUGUUUCUGAGUUUGAUUUUGAAUCUGAUUUUGUAUCUGAUGUUUUCGGUGUUGUUGAGGUACAGGCUGCGGAACCACUUCUCCCUUCCUUGGUUCCUUCUGAUGUUCAGCCAGCACCCACACCAGAGUUGAAGCCUAUUCCAGAGAACCUCAAGUAUGCUUACUUGGAGGAUCAUGAGAAGCUGCCAGUGAUCAUUUCCACCUCCCUUGAUGCUUUUCAAGAGGAGAAAUUGUUGCACGUUCUGAAAAAGCAUAAGAAAGCCAUUGGUUGGACCCUGGCGGACAUUCCUGGUCGGAUCCCUAACUCGGAUAAGUCGUCUUCCUGGUUGGAUUCAGCCAAGGUUGUGUGA